CAUAGCUAGACAGAACUACAACUAACUCCAUAUUCCUUACCAUUAGGAAACGUCUUGCAUCUCAAACAGGAAGUGACUGCAGCUCUGUCUCCAACAUGAGUCAGCAGUACGGAAGCUCUGAUGGACGAGGGAGGCCAAGCUCUCCUGCUCUCCACUGUGAGUCUGUGGAGAAGAGUGACCUAUCAAGCGCUCUGCACUUCAGAAAGGGAGACACCUCUCCUGAUCACAGUCCAGUGGAUGAGAAACCAGACUCACCAGUACCCAGCAGUGUGUCCAUGAGGAGUGAUGACUCAAAGGGUCUGAUCAUGGACGUGAAAGAUCCUGAGACAAGCAUCCAACAAGAACAAACAAUUCCUCCAUUCCUCAGCACAACAACAAACAAUGAGUUGUCUGCUGUAUUCGAGGAGCUUGAACACAAAGUUGUCACUUUCAUGAAGCAUGAACUGAUGAGACUCAAGAAGCUCCUGAGUCAUGAUUACCCAGAAUCCCCUUGUGAUGAUGAGGAGGAGGAUGAGGAGGACCAGAGAGAUGCUAGAGAUGGAGCUCUGAAGAUUGCAGUGCACAUCCUGAGGAACAUGAGUCAGGAGAUUCUUGCUCAGCAGCUGGAUAAAUAUGGAAUGUUCCCUAGAUGCCAACAAGAGCUUAAAUAUAGGCUAACAAAGAGGCUUCAGAGUGUAUCUGAAAGCAUCCCUAAGAAGGGAAAGCCUACCUUUCUGGAGACAGAGCUCUACAUGUCAGGUGGAGGAAGCCUAGAGGUCAAUGCUGAACAUGAAGUCAGACAGAUUGAGAGCAUCCAAGAGAAAUGUAACAAAGGGGACACACCAAUAAAAUGUACAGACAUCUUCAAGCCCUUACCUGGACAAGACAAACCCAUAAGAACUGUGCUGUCAAAGGGAGUGGCUGGCAUUGGAAAAACAGUCUCUGUGCAGAAGUUUAUUCUCGAUUGGGCUGAAGGGAAAGCCAAUCAAAAUAUCAAUUUAGUCUUUCCUCUUCCUUUUCGGGAGCUGAAUCUGAUGAAAGACAAACAUUUCACCCUUAUGGACCUGAUUCAUCAUUUCUUCAGUGAAACAAAAGACUUUGCCUUCUCCAAACCAGCCAGAUACAGCAUUGCCUUCAUCUUUGAUGGUCUGGACGAAAGCAGACUUCCUCUAGACUUUCAGCACAGAGAAUGCAUCUACAGUGUAACAGAAUCUGCCUCUGUGGAUGUCCUCCUCACAAACCUGAUCCAGGGGAAUCUGCUUCCCUCCGCGCUUAUUUGGAUCACCUCCCGACCGGCAGCAGCCAAUCAAAUUCCUCCUGAAUGUGUUGACCGGGUGACUGAAGUUGGGGGUUUUAAUGAUCCACAGAAGGAGGAGUAUAUCAGGAAGAAAAUCACAGAAGAGGAGCUGGCCAGCAGAAUCAUCACACACCUGAAGUCAUCCAGGAGCCUCUACAUCAUGUGCCAUAUUCCAGUCUUCUGUUGGAUGGUGACCACUGUUCUGGAGUGCAUCAUGGCUGAAGUAAAGAGUGGAGAAAUUCCAAAGUCUUUGACUCAAAUGUACACAAACUUCCUGAUCAUACAAACAAAACACAGGAGUCAGAAGUAUGGAACCCCUGAUGUGGAAGCACUCUGGAACCUGAGGUUCAUUCUGUCCCUGGGGAAACUGGCCUUUCAGCAGCUGGAGAAGGGCAAUCUGAUCUUCUAUGAAGAGGACCUGAGAGAGUGUGACAUUGGUGUGAUAGAAGCAUUUGUGUUCUCAGGAGUGUGCACUCAGAUCUUCAGAGAGGAGGCUGGGCUGUACCAGGGGAAAGUGUUCUCCUUUGUUCAUCUGAGUGUUCAAGAGUUUCUAGCAGCUCUAUAUGUGUUUUUGCAUUUUAGCAUGAGAGAGGGCGAUAUCUCUGACCAGCACCAAACUUCUCAACUUUAUUCACUGUUCAGUGCUAACAGACUUAAUGACCUACACCAUAUAGCAGUGGAUCUGGCCUUAAACAAUGAAAAUGGACACCUGGAUCUUUUCCUGAGGUUUCUUCUGGGCCUCUCGCUGGAGUCUAAUCAGAAACUCUUACAAGGCCUGCUGCCACAGAUCAGAAGCAGCUCACUGAACACAGAGGACACAGUCAAAUACAUCUAUGAGAAGAUCAGAGAAACCACCAACCCAGAGAGAUGCAUCAACCUGUUCCACUGCCUGAAUGAAAUGAAUGACCACUCUCUAGUGGAGGAGGUCCAGGGCUACUUGAGAAAGGGAAAUAAAGCUAGAGGGAAUCCCUCUCUUUCCCAGCUGUCAGCACUGGUCUUUGUGCUGCUGAUGUCAGACCAGGAACUGGAGGAGUUAAAGCUGUUGGACUAUGGUCUCCAUGCUGGAUCAGAUGAAGGUCUGCUGAGGAUGCUGCCAGUGGUUAAAGCAUCAAGAAAAGUCCAGAUGAGUUGGUGUGACCUCACAGAAAAGAGUUGUGCAGCUUUAGCUUCAACUCUCAGCUCAAACUCUUCCAACCUGAGACAGCUGGACCUGAGUGUCAACAAUCUGGGAGAUUCAGGAGUGGAGCUGCUUUCUGCUGGUCUGGAGCAUCCAAACUGUAGACUGGAGAAACUGGAGCUGUGGCGUUGUGACCUUACAGUAAAGAGCUGUGCAGCUUUAUCUUCAGCUCUCAGAUCAAACUCUUCCAGUCUGAUACAUCUGAACCUGAAUUACAAUAAUGUGGGAGAUUCAGGAGUGGAGCUGCUUUCUACUGGUCUGGAGCAUCCAAACUGUAGACUGGAGACACUAAAGCUGUGGAGUUGUAAACUCACAGAUGUGAGCUGUGCAGCUUUAUCUUCAACUCUCAGCUCAAACUCUUCCAGUCUGAGACAGCUGCAGCUGAGUGAAAAUAAUCUGGGAGAUUCAGGAGUGCAGCUGCUUUCUACUGGUCUGGAGCAUCCCAACUGUAGACUGGAGACACUGGAGCUGUGGGAUUGUAAACUCACAGGGAAGAGCUGUGCAUCUUUAUCUUCAGCUCUCAGAUCAAACUCUUCCAGUCUGAGACAGCUGGACAUCAGUUACAAUAAUAUGAGAGAUUCAGGAGUGGAGCUGCUUUCUGCUGGUCUGGAGCAUCCAAACAGUAAACUGGUGACACUAGAGCUUAAGGGUUGUGACCUCACAGAGAAGAGCUGUACAGCUUUAUCUUCAGCUCUCAGAUCAAACUCUUCCAGUCUGAGACAGCUGGACCUGAGUGGGAAUAAUCUGGGAUAUUCAGGAGUGAAGCUGCUUUCUACUGGUCUGGAGCAUCCCAACUGUAGACUGGAGAUACUGAAGCUGAGGGGUUGUAACUUUACAGGCAAAAGCUGCACAGAUUUAUCUUCAGCUCUCGACUCAAACUCUUCCAGUCUGAGGCAUCUGGACCUGAGUAACAAUAAUCUGGGAGAUUCAGGAGUGGAGCUGCUUUCUGCUGGUCUGGAGCAUCCAAACUGUAGACUGGAAAAACUGGAGCUACGGAAGUGUAACCUCACAGUGAGGAGCUGUUCAUCUCUAGCUUCAGCUCUCAGAUCAAACCCCUCCAGUCAGAGAGAGCUGGACCUGAGAAACAACACACUGCAGCAGUCUGGAGUGGAGCUGCUCUCUGCUCUACAGAGAGACCCUACAUAUAAACUGACUGAACUAAUGUAUUAACUGGGGAGAAAUCAAGCAUCCAUCAGUGUGACUGGUACCAAUACCAGUCUCAAUACCAGAUGAUCAUCCAGCUGCCCCACACAUCAGCACUAUGUUUCUUUAUGUUUACUGCUAUUUCAAAGGAUUUAUUUUGUUAUGAAGUGAUGCAUUGAUUAACAUUUAUAUUUAUAUUUAAAAACUUUAUGAUUAUUUAGCCAUACAG